AUGGAUUUGACAGAUAAUGAAAGUUGUAAUAAAAUAAUUGUUUCAAAUGAAAAGUUUUCAGUAAACAAGUUGUUAGAGACAUCUUCACCAGUGAAUCAAUCAGUUAUGACAAGUCAUCAACAAGUGAUGACAACUCCAMUAAAUAAUACCAAAAAAUCUGUCAGAUUUUCAAUCGAUAGUAUUCUUGAAGACAACAAAUGUUGCAAAACUCAACAAACUUUUCAUUCAAAUGGYAACAAAACAAAUUUAGUUGAAAGUCGAUCAUUGAUAGCACAUCCCAAUCCAAUAUCUGCCAAAUAUAUGGAUCCAUAUUAUCUCUCGCAAUGCAUAUCUAUUAAUCAAUCAUUUAUGGGUCCAUAUAAUUAUGUCGAUUGGUUUUCAUAUCGAAAUUUAGGCUAUCCUAAUGACAAUGCAUAUACCAAUCAUCACAAUGUGACCGCUUUAUACAAUCAAUCAAAUGUGCCGAUCGGCGACCAAUCAAUGGCCAAUCAGACCGUUAAAAGAAAAAACUCGGGAAGAGCUGUCUUUCUGGUUCAUCAAAGAAGAGGUUUAGAAAACAGAUUUAAGACUCAAAAGUAUAUAACAAAACCCGAAAGACAGCGUUUGGCUGAAAAACUUAGUCUCAGUGACUCUCAGGUCAAGGUUUGGUUUCAGAACCGGCGUAUGAAAUGGAGACACUCUAAGGAGUAUAAAGAGGAACAAUUGAAACUUCAAACCAAUAGAGAUCAACAAAUUGUCAAUAGUUUUCAUUUAAAUCAUACCAAUAGUCAAGUGGACACUCAAAAGACAACUAAUCUAUAA